AUGUCUAAGAUUGCUGAUUCAACAAAGAUUAGUCCAGAUUCUUCGUCAUCUCAACGAGCAGGAGACUUGACACGACCUCUUUCUCAGAGUUCGUAUGCAAAGCACUCUAUAUCCGAUAACAGCACUGAGACUACAAAAAGAGAAAAAACAAAAUUAAAAGGUGUUUUAGACAAAUUCAUGGGCAAUUUUAAUGAACUAAUCAACAGUACGAGCAGCAGUAAUGGCUCUUCAACGCCCAUGAAUAUAUCAGCACCCUAUAAUACCGUGCAUAUUACACAUGUAGGAUUUGAUCCUUCUACUGGUGUAUUCACUGGUUUACCCAAAGAAUGGCAAGUCAUGCUUACACAAAGUGGUAUUACAAAGCAGGAACAAGAGAAGAAUCCACAGGCUGUCAUACAUGCUAUUGAAUUUUUACAAGGAACCACUCAAGAGGCAAUGGAGGAAGACGUCUGGAACAAGAUUCCCAAAACUCAUAAAACUUUAAGACGAUUUUCCACUCUACGAAUAACAAAAUCCAGUCACACUAACGAAUAUGGAUCUUCGCGAAAUAGUAGGGGCAGUAGUAGUAGCAGUAGUAGUAUUCGCCAGCAGCAUGUGCAGCAACGGCAACAAGGAGAAAAGCUACAGGUAACGGACUCUGUUCAUUCGGAUUCAACAGCUUCCAUUAGCGAACAAUUUGGCGAUGGAGAUCAAGAACUACUCCCAUUGACUCGUGUGAAAGACAACGAUGAGAGCCAACACAAUCAACAGAGCCAUCAUAGUGAUGAAAUAUCUUUAGCGUCGGCUCCCCCAGGCACAGUGAAAUCAAGGCCGCCCAAAAAAGAUCAGCAUAAGAAAGCAAUGAAAGAUAGGGAUGUUAUACGUAGCCUACAAGAAUUAUGUAUUAAUGAAGACCCUACACUCAUCUAUAGUAACAUGGAAAAAAUUGGCCAAGGAGCAUCCGGCGGUGUUUAUAUCGCCCAUCGCAAGGAUCUGGAUACGCCUGUGGCUAUCAAACAAAUGAAUUUGGAAAAGCAGCCCAAGAAAGAAUUGAUUAUCAAUGAAAUUGUAGUGAUGAAGCGAUCAAAACAAAAAAACAUUGUGAAUUUCAUUGAAUCCUAUUUGUGGAAUGGUGAUCUUUGGGUAGUCAUGGAAUACAUGGAAGGUGGUAGCUUGACCGACGUAGUCACAUGUAAUAUGAUCAUGGAAGGCCAAAUUGCUGCCAUUUGUAAAGAGAUUUUAGAAGGUUUAAAGCAUCUUCAUGCCAACGGUGUGAUACAUAGAGACAUUAAGAGCGAUAAUGUUUUGCUUAGCAUGCAAGGCGAUAUCAAAUUAACUGACUUUGGCUUCUGUGCUCAACUUCAUGAACCUCAAUCCAAGCGUACAACCUUAGUCGGAACACCGUACUGGAUGGCACCAGAAGUAGUCACAAGAAAGCCUUAUGAUCAAAAAGUAGAUAUAUGGUCUCUAGGUAUUCUUGCCAUAGAAAUGGUCGAAGGGGAACCGCCCUAUCUAAACGAGAAUCCCCUAAGAGCACUCUACCUUAUUGCCAACAAUGGUACACCUGAUUUGCAAAAUCCCGAAUCGCUAAGUGAUAUCUUCAAAGACUUUUUAUUCCUUUGCUUACAAGUCAAUCCAGCCUUCAGACCUACUGCAGCUGAACUAUUAAAGCAUCCCUUCUUACGCAAAGCUGAUCCCUUAUACACUUUAACGCCUUUGAUUAAAGCAGCCAAAGAUACCAUUCAACAACAACAGCAGCAGCAGCAUUACGAUUAA